UGGCGUGUCAACGACUCAGUCGGAGUUAUACUUCCCUAAUCGACACAACAGUUUGUAAAGAAGGUGGGAGUACUGCAUUGUCUUCGCCACUGACAAAGUCUUAGGAAUGGCUUCACAAUCGCAAUAUCCUGAUGCUACCAGCCUGGUUCUGGAAUGUGUCGGCAAAACCUCGUCGAUACCUCGGUGCAUUCUUAUUUUCCUAUUUGUCGGCCUAUGGACCGUUAGUUGUCAAGCCGAGUACUUCUCCUCGAUCGAUAGUAUUCAAUUGCUGGCCGUUGUUGAAAAAGAGUUUAUUCAAUGGUUUCAACAAUUUAUUCGAACACAGGCCGAGGACUUUGCAGUCUUACGCAAUUUCAUAGCUAAAGUGAAGAAGGAGCACGAAUUGGCGCUGGAGGAUCCGGAAUCAUAUCUGGGGAACCCCAUCAAUGCAUUCAAACUCAUCAAAAGAACCGUAAUCGAUUGGGCGGAACUAACAGAAUAUGCUUCAAAUCAUACACGACUGCAAGCAUUAAAAAGGAACUUUACACAGUUGGAAACGGAACUGAAAAUGCCGGAUGUCAUUGAAUUGCGUGGUGCGGCGAAGGGACUAGCAAGACUACAGAUCAUGUAUAAUUUGAGCUCGGCUGAUUUGGCCGAUGGAAUCAUCAACGGCAUAGAUUAUGGAUCUCAACUCUCAAUUCGGGAAUGUUUUGAAAUCACAGCCAAUCUUUUCGAAGCCAAGGAAUAUCCUUUAGCUAUCAGCUGGGCUAAAUUAGUAUUGAAAUUUCUGGAGGAAAGCACCGAAAAACCCCCUAUAGAAUAUGAAACAACUGGAGAUCACGAUGACAGGGACCUUGAACGCCUCCAAUUAAAUAAUGAUACUGCAAACGGAGCGGCGAACAGUGAAUAUACAUCUGGAUAUUGGGUUGAUGAUGAAGAAGACUGGGAUGAAGAUGAAUGCGAAAGUGACGAUGACGAUGAAGAUAAAGAUGAGGAGGAUUACGAAUAUGUUGAUGAAGGCGAUGGCCUCAUAUAUGAAGCACGAUAUGGGGUGUUUGCUCCUGUGGUGCUAUACGAUCUACAUGAAGACAACGAGCACAAUAAAACCCUUAAAGGAAUUUCAGAAAAGAGAACAGACAUGGGCGAUAUUCCAAGCCAGAGCAGCUAUAGAGAAGCUAACAACACACUAAAUCAAUCAAAUGAAAAUCCAUCAAACAUUCCAGCAGCACAAACGAGGAUAUUCGAGAACGACCUAUCGAACAGAAAAAUGUACAUGGAUACACUUGAAUAUUUGGCACUAGCUGAAUUUGAAUUGGGCAAACACGAAAACGCAACUGUAUACGUUGAUAAAAUACUAGAACUAGAACCGGAACACAUUUUUAAAGAUCUGGAACUCUACAUGAAUGUUAAAAAAGUACGAAAUCAGCCGUAUUUCGAUAGCAUGGGUGCUUUGCAAGCACAAGCAUGGUAUGCAAACUAUUCACGACUCUGUCAGGGUAGGCGAGUGCCGCAGAAGGAAUUUCACAAGCUCGAAUGCAAAUUGGACACCCUCAAUCAUCCGUUAUUCAUGCUGGCGCCGUUGCAGAAAGAGGAGGUGCUAUCAGAUCCCGAGAUCGCCAUCUACUACGGGCUGCUUAGUGACACACAUAUAGACGAAAUUCUCAAAAAGGCCGACGAUGGUAUGUUCCGUUCAGAAGUUGGCAAUGCGAGCCAAGGUAUAGUGAGCGAUGUACGCGUAAGUCAACAGAACUGGCUUCAAUAUGAGGGUCCAACAAUGAAAUACAUUUAUCGCACUGUAUCGGCCAUUAGUGGCCUCGAUUUAACCAGCGCCGAAGCUAUGCAGGUGGCUAAUUAUGGCGUUGGCGGACAGUAUGACCCGCAUUUCGAUUUCUUUGGACCAAAGACUGAUGCCCCCAACGCCUCAUUGGUCGAAGAUCGCAUAGCCACAAAUAUGUUCUACCUCUCCGACGUAGACCAGGGCGGUUACACAGUAUUUCCUCGCCUCAAUGUAUACUCAGAGCCUACAAAGGGAGCAAUGAUUAUGUGGCACAAUUUACAUAAAUCGCUGGACCCCGAUUUGCGCACUCUCCACGCUGGUUGUCCCGUCAUAAAAGGAGCCAAACGAAUAGGCAACGUGUGGGUAUAUUCCAAUUAUCAGGAAUUUAGACGGCCCUGCGAUGUGAUACGUGACAACUAUAAAUCAGAAGAAGUUGUCUGACACCACAUACAUACUAUUUAUGUACAUAAAUAAGUACUAUGUAAAUAUACAUACAUACCAAUUUCUCAUUGUAGUUUUUUAUGUCUGGUUCACUUAUGUUUCGAUGUGAAUAGGUAAAUAUAAGUUAAUAAAUGUUCCAUUUUUGAUAUAAAGUAAA